GCUCUGCGAUCGUCGGUUCAAAGGGCAGCGUCUGUCUUGAGUUCUGUCUAAAGUGCUGGUGGCGAGCAGCACGGAAAAGUUCCCGUGAGCUGACUUCCCGGGAUUUCCAGCACACUGCAUUGAUUGGCUCCGUUACAAAGCGAAACUGACAGGUGGGCAGCGAGGAUUGGCUUGCGGCGAUUUUCCGGGAGCCUCUGUGGUUGCGGGCAAGCCUGGGAGCGGUUGCUGACCGCGGUGCUGAAGUCAUGAGCGCCGCACCUGCAGCGGGAACCCUGGGGCAAGCACCUUCCGCGCUUUUGCACCCAGCCAGAUGAUUUGCCUUCCGGCUUGGGGCCUUCAAAACAUUUCACUAGACCUCCAUCUGUGAUCGCCCAGUCUCUUUAGCCAAGCAGAAAGCUUAUACACAGCUUUGAUUAAAGAUGACUUCCUUGUUUGUUCAAGAAAUUCGCCUCUCUAAAAGACAUGAAGAAAUAGUAUCACAAAGAUUAAUGUUACUUCAACAAAUGGAAAAUAAAUUUGGAGAUCAAAACACUGAAAAGGCAUCUCAGCUGCAAGCAGCCAAAACUGCUUUUAAAAGGAACCUUAGUCUUUUAAAGGAUAUUGAAGCAGCAGAAAAAUCUCUAGAGACCAGGAUUUACCCAACUCCACAGCCUGAGGUGGUUUCUCUGGAGACUCGUUACUGGGCAUCAGUAGAAGAAUAUAUUCCCAAAUGGGAACAGUUUCUUUUAGGAAGAGCACCAUAUCCUCUUGGUGUUGAAAAUCAAAAUGAAGCAGAAAAUGCCAUUCAAAAUGAGGCACAGUGAUAACUUCAUCACAUGCGACUUCAAAAUACUUGCUUAAUAAAGCUGAAUAUUAAAGACUACAUAGGUAAUUUCAA